AUGAAUUAUAUUUCAGCGUCAAGGCCGGUAAGAGUAUAUGCCGAUGGAAUUUUUGAUUUAUUUCACAUUGGUCAUAUGAACGCCCUAAGACAAGCAAAGGGUGUUUUUCCAAAUGUCUAUUUACUGGUCGGAGUCUGUAGUGAUGAAUUAACACACAACAUGAAAGGAUUUACCGUCAUGACUGAGAAAGAGCGCUAUGAAUCAUUGGUUCAUUGCCGUUAUGUGGACGAGGUUGUUACGGGUGCGCCGUGGUUGAUUACUCCAGAGUUUAUGGAAGAACAUCAGAUUGACUUUGUAGCCCAUGAUGAUCUUCCAUAUCAAUCCAGCACUUCCAACGAUAUAUAUAAGGAUAUUAAGGCGAUGGGAAGGUUUGUUGCAACUCAACGGACUGAAGGUAUAUCAACGUCCGACUUAAUUACCAGAAUUGUGAGAAACUAUGAUACCUACGUCAGAAGGAAUUUACGUAGAGGUUAUUCUGCGAAAGAUUUAAAUGUUGGUUUUGUAAAGGGAAAGCAAUACGAAAUGCAAAAUACUGUUAGUCAGUUAAGAGAAAAAUUUAAAAACGUUGAAGAUCGAUCACAGCGAUUUAUACAAAGGGUUGAAGGAAGAUCCCAUGAAAUAUGGAAAAAGGUAGAAGAUACAUCUUCAAUUCUUGUCCAAAAAUGGGAUGAAAAAUCACGGGAACUUAUUGGAAACUUUUUAAAAUUUUUUGAACACAAUGGUGGAUUGGUAAGGAUAUCAUUACAUGAUAAUAUUCCUAAGUGCACAUACUCUGUAGUUGCAUGUUAUGCGAGACUGACUUUACAUAUACUACUUUCAGAGGCAAAUUUUCAACGAUGGUAA